CUAGGCAUGCAGACUGCUUCUACAAACAUUUGUGAAAGAAUGGGUCACUCUCAGGAGCUCAGUGAAUUCAAGCGUGGUACCGUGAUAGGUUGCCACCUGUGCAAGAAGUCCAUCCGUGAAAUUUCCUUGCUACUAAAUAUUCCACGUCAUCUGUUAGUGGUAUUAUAACAAAGUAGACGAAACUGGGAACUGGGAGUGGGCAUGCCGCCACUGGACUCUAGAGCAGUGGAGACAUGUUCUCUGAAGUGAUGAAUCAUGCUUCUCUGUCUGGCAAUCCAAUAGAUAUGUCUGGGUUUGGCGGUUGCUAGGAGA